UAGUACAAACAGUUUGUAAGCAAACCUAAUGUUCUUUAGUCUUAGUAUUGUAACCUGAAGGUUGUAAUAUUGAGAAGAAUGAGAAAUAAAAUUAAAAUAAAGAAAAUCAUAAACUCAAGAAUACUAAUUGCGAAAAAGAGAUAGAAAGAAGUCAGCGGAAAAGUGUCGAACCCCACAUUUAUAGUAAAUUUUCUCUUUACAGAGCGGUACUAUGUUUGACUGGGUGCUGCAGAGUAUUUUAAAGGAAUAUAAUUGGAAUACAAAGCGAGCUGCAACGCACAUCUGGUGCGUACAUGCAAAACCAAAAAUAGAAGCAGAACAGGGAUUAUACGACUAGAGGCAGAUGGAUAAUUGCAAACUUCGGAAGAAAAACUUAACCUUAAGCUGGAUACCACCUUAGACAGUACUUUUCACAGUGACACAAACGAUAGUACAAUAAUAGCGACUCCAAUAGCGGCCUUUACACGAUCACACAUGUAUACUACUCUCCUACAGAAAAAGUGUUUAUAACCCAGUUUAUACUGUCUGGUUUUUAUUUUGUAGAUACAAGGACAGAUUCACCAUCGAAUUGGAUCAUUACUACCUUUCGAAGAUACACAGAAUAAAUUUUUACAAAUAUAUUUCAUGGGCAACAUGGAAGAACAACUUGAUCGACGCCUAGGGAUCAUUGCAGGAAUGAAGCGAGCAAUUCUUCAAGACUUGUAGUGUCUGCUUCAUGAACAUCAUGCGUUGGUCAGGUUGUUUAAGAGUGCUUUAGAGCGCAUGCCAAAUGAUGACUAUAAAGUUGUCAUCAAAGCAGAUAAACGACCAUCUGGAACACACGAACGCACAUUUAAUGCUCCAACAGUAGACGAAGUUGCCAUCCUGAUUGUUGGUGAACAAUUGGAAAAACGCGAUAUUGUGCUUACACGUCGCGAUACUGGGCAACUGCAACAAAUAUCGGAAACUCAUCGAUCAUAUGACGCAUUGCAAUACCCACUGAUGUUUUGGCAAGGAGAAGAUGGAUAUUAUUUUAAUAUUAAAAUGAUAAAUCCAUUGAAUGGUGAAGAAACUACAAAGAAAGUUAGCUCAAUGAAUUAUUAUGCAUAUCGUUUGAUGAUUCGUCAAAAUGCUGACAACUAUUUGCUGCGGUUUCGUCGAUUGUUUCAGCAGUAUUGCGUUGACAUGUAUGUAAAAAUAGAAACGGAACGUUUAACAUUUAUUAGGUUGAACCAAGCCAAACUGCGUUCUGGGGAGUACAUCCAUUUACGUGAUGCAGUUAGUACUGAAGGAAAUGCAGCUAAUAUUGGUCGAUUAACUAUUCUGCCGGCGACGUACAUUGGUAGAUCACGUCAUAUGCAUGAAUAUGCACAAGAUGCAAUGACAUAUGUUCGUCAUUACGGCCGGCCAGAUCUCUUUAUUACUUUUACCUGUAAUCCAAAAUGGAUAGAAAUUACUCAAUUGCUGCUUCCCGGACAAACAUCAAAUGAUAGACACGACAUCACAGCACGUAUAUUCAGGCAAAAAAUUCGGUCCCUGAUGAACUUUAUUGUUAAACAACGCGUCUUUGGAGAUACUCGAUGCUGGAUGUAUUCAAUCGAAUGGCAAAAGCGAGGCCUGCCGCACGCACACAUUCUUAUUUGGUUAGUGGAAAGAAUUCAGCCUGACCAAAUAGAUGAUAUCAUAUGUGCCGAGAUUCCUGAUCAUGAAGUCGAUCCAGACCUACAUGAUGUUGUUACUACUAAUAUGAUUCAUGGACCGUGUGGUGCCAUCAACCCCCAAUCACCUUGCAUGGUCGAUGGAAAGUGCUCUAAACGAUAUCCACGGAAAUUAACGGCGGAGACUGUCACUGGCAACGAUGGGUAUCCGCUGUAUCGGCGUCGAUCACCAGAUGACAACGGUCGAACUGUCACAACGAAAGUGAAAAGAAUGGAUUUCGUUGUCGACAACAGUUGGAUUGUUCCAUAUUCGCCACUUAUUUCUAAAACGUUCAAGACACAUUGCAACGUUGAAUACUGCAAUUCAGUUAAGUCCAUAAAAUAUAUUUGCAAAUAUGUCACGAAAGGCAGUGAUAUGGCGGUUUUUGGAUUGCAAUCCUCGAAUACCAACGAUGAAAUUUCACGCUAUCAAGUUGGUCGUUAUGUGAACUGUAAUGAAGCGAUUUGGUGUAUAUUCGCAUUUCCCAUUCACGAACGUCAUCCUACUGUUAUACAUUUGGCGGUGCAUCUAGAGAAUGGUCAACGAGUAUAUUUCACGGCUUCGAAUGCUACGCAACGUGCUGAAACACCUCCAGCAACUACAUUGACCAGUUUUUUUGCAAUCUGCCAAAGCGAUCAGUUUGCACUAACUUUGCUUUACUCGGAGAUGCCACGUUAUUAUACUUGGAAUGCUUCAUCCAAGAAUUUUCAAAGACGGAAGCAAGGUGAUGCGGUUUCUGGGUAUCCAGAUGUGCGUUCUACUGAUGCUCUUGGUCGUAUGUAUACAGUUCAUCCAAAGAAUGAUGAAUGUUUCUAUUUGCGGUUGUUGCUGGUAAAUGUGCGUGGGCCAACUUCAUUUGAGACACUACGAACUGUUAAUGGUGUAAUAUUCCCAACAUAUCGUGCUGCAUGUGAAGAAUUGAACUUAUUAGAAAACGAUACCCAUUGGGAUACGACAAUCGCUGAAGCCAUUAUCUCUGCAUCUCCAAGUCAGAUACGCACAUUAUUCGCUAUCAUAAUUUCGACAUGUUUUCCAUCAAACCCAUGUAACCUGUGGCACAAAUACAAGGAUAGUAUGUCAGAAGAUAUUUUACAUCAAAGUCGUGUCAGUUCCAGAAAUCACGAUAUUGAGAUGAAUGAGGAGAUACAUAAUCGUGCUUUACUCUUGAUCAAAGAUAUGUGUUACCUCAUAUGCGGUAAUUUAUUAAUCAGGUUAGGAAUGCCAGCGCCAAAUCGUGAAAUGAAUGACGCAUUUAAUCGAGAAUUGGAACGGGAACGUGAAUAUGAUCACCAGGAAUUAGAUUUAGUAGUUCAAAGGAAUGUACCCCUGUUGAAUUACCAACAAAAGGAAGUUUAUGAUACUUUAAUGAAGGCAAUCGCUGAUGAAGAUGGUGGUUUAUAUUUCCUAGAUGCCCCUGGUGGAACUUGCAAGACAUUCCUUAUGUCAUUAGUUUUAGCAACUGUUCGGGCGAGAUCCAACAUAGCGGUUGCAGUUGCUUCUUCUGGAAUAGCAGCCACAUUGUUAGAAGGAUGCCGUACGGCUCAUUCAGCAUUCAAAUUACCGUUAAAUCUUCAAACUAUUGAAGAACCAACGUGUAAUAUUGCAAAACACUCAGCAAUGGCCAAAGUUUUAGCGACAUCGAAAAUCAUCAUCUGGGACGAAUGCACAAUGGCGCAUAAACGUGCAUUAGAAGCACUUAACCGAACAUUAAAAGAUUUACGCAAUGACUCGAGAUGUUUUGGAGGAGCAAUGAUUUUACUGUCUGGCGAUUUCCGCCAAAUACUGCCAGUAAUUCCAAGAUCUACGGUUGCCGACGAAAUAAACGCUUGCCUCAAAUCGUCAAAUCUAUGGCGCUAUGUGAAGAAACUGCAGCUGACAACAAAAAUGAGAGUUACAUUGCUUAAUGAUACAUCUGCUGAAGAUUUCUCGGAGCAAUUGCUGACUAUCGGUAAUGGUCAAGUACCUGUCGAUGAAUCGAGCGGAUUAAUAUCAUUUCCAAAUAAUUUCUGUAAUUUUGUCUCAUCAAAAGACGAACUUAUCAACAAUGUAUUUCCAAAUAUUAUUUCUAACUACAAAAAUAAUGAAUGGUUGAGUGAGCGAGCAAUUUUAGCGGCUAAGAAUAAAGAUGUAGAUGACCUGAACUACAUAAUUCAAAAUAAGAUCAUUGGAACAAUGCAUUCAUUCAAAUCUAUUGACUGCGUCACAAAUGAAGAUGAAGCCACCAACUAUCCAAUUGAAUUUUUAAACUCUUUGGACGUGCCUGGCUUACCACCGCACAAUUUACGCCUAAAGGUUGGCUCCGUAGUAAUCAUGCUUCGAAACAUAAACCAACCAAAACUGUGCAACGGUACGCGUUUGGUGGUUAGUAAAUUGAUGAACAAUGUAAUUUACGCUACGAUAAUGAUAGGAAAAUUCAAAGGUGAGGAAGUUCUCAUUCCGAGGAUCCCGAUGAGCCCAACCGAUAUGCCGUUUGAAUUUAAAAGACUUCAAUUUCCGAUACGUCUUGCAUUUGCAAUGACAAUCAACAAAUCACAAGGCCAAUCCUUAAAAGUUUGUGGUUUAAAUCUAGAACAUUCAUGUUUUUCCCAUGGUCAAUUAUACGUGGCAUGUUCACGGGUCGGAAGACCAUCUGCGUUGUUUGUUUUUGCGCCUGAUAAUAAAACAAAAAAUGUCGUGUAUCACAAGGUGCUUAAGUGAAGAGCAACCUAUGUACUAAAAUACAGAAAUAAUAAUGAAUGAUUAAUGUAGUUAUUUAAUUUUAUUUUGAAUUUUUACGAAUAAAAUAAAAAAAAAAACGGCUUAUUUAUUGCCAUUAAGGCGGAACAAAGUUCCCCGGGUCAGCUAGUUAAAUAAUAAUAAUAAGAUAAUAAUAUAAUAUAAUAAUGAUAAUAAUAUAAUAAUGAGAUAAUAAGAAUAAAAAGUAAUAACAAUCAAUAAUAAUCAUGAAUAGCACAUUUGUAUGUUAACUUGCAAGACUCAGUGUACACUGUUGUUGUGCGGACGGAAAUGCUCAACUUCGUGCUUUCGCUGCUUCACACACAAAUAGUAAUAGUAUGCGUGUACAAAUGUAACAAUAUGUGUGAGUGCCCACCUCUGCACUACAUGAUCGAGAACAAAUUUAAUGUUAUUGUUCUUGGAAUGAAAUCAUUGGAUUUCGAGAGGACAACUAGUAGCAAUAUUAUUAAGAAACUCCAAAGAGUAUUUAAAGAAUUUUGAGUAGACAACAUAGACUCAAUUAAAUUUGUAACAGAUAGGGGCACUAAUAUUAAUAAAGCAUUAAUUGUAAUAGCCACUUACUAUCCAAUAUAAUGCAAAAACUUUUUCGGCAUCCAUAGAGCUUUCACAGACUUUGAAAGCUUGCAAAAGAAUUACAAAAUAUUUUAAAAAGGCAAAUUUGCAACACCUUCUUCAAACGUCCUUCAAAAAUCAACUCGAUGGAAUUCCCAUUAUAGAAUGCUUAAGUCAAUUCAUGAUAACUGGGCGGACAUGAAUAGAAUUUUAGCAACAUAGGACGAAAAUCGACGACUUUUAAGCACAAAUUUAACUAUUGUAAAAUCCUUGGUAGAUGUUUGCGAGAAUGUUGAAGUUGUUUAAAAAACUUCAAUUAACAAAGGUACCAUCAUUGUGUUAUGUUAUACCAUCGGUAUUAACCCUGAAGCAAAAUUUAAGCCAAAAUCCGGAUGAUGUACUCACAAUAGUUAACUUAAAACUAACCAUUUUAGAAUAUAUUGAUACGAUAUGGCUGGCGAAUCUUAAUAUAUAAUAUAUUACGUUUGUUCUGUUCUAUUUAAAAUA